UGCAAUCGAAAACUUGUUUGUAAUAAAUAUCGAGCCAAUGCAACACACGAAACUAUCAGUUCAAGAACAAACCAAAGACAAACCCAGUUCUUGCAUCCUACACGAUCGAGACGAAACAGGCGCUCGCAUGAACGAUUGAGAGGGAGGACGAGAACCAUUGAAAAUACCACACAAUAUACAAAAGACAGACAUCAUGGGCACGUUUCAAAACAAGACAUUUCGCUCCUCGGCCGACGCCAGCAAAAUCGGCAUGAAGUACCGCGCGCUCAUGGCCAAGCACCCGUUCCUGGCCUUUGGCCUGCCCUUUAUCGCCGUCAUCGUGGCGGGCUCGUUUGUGCUGACGCCGGCGACGGCGAUUCGGUACGAGAAGCACGAUCGGAGGGUGCGCCAGAUGACCAAGGAGGAGGAGCUGAAUGUGCGGAGGGGGGCGCGCAAGGUGGACAUGAAGGAGGAGUACUAUAGACUUGCCGGGAGAGACCUGGAUAACUGGGAGCAGCAGAGAGUCAAGAGACUGCCUGGAGAAAAUGAUGGCAUCCUGUAAAAAAAGCAAGUUGAGACACGGCUCAACAUUCACACUUGUGCGUGUCUGUGCCUGUGCCUGUGACGCUCUCGAGGAAGGGAUUGCGUGAUUUGUUAUCAGGCAGAGACAUGCAUGCAGUGACGUUGCUCAAGCCACAAACAGC